AUGCCGACUACCAUUCUCUAUAAAAAAGACGCUAAAAAUAAUUUUCAAUAUCUCGUUAUUAAAGACCAUGCUAAUUUUGCUGAAAAGGGUCGGGAUAUCGUCUGUGCGGCGAUUUCGGCCAUUACUAAUGGGGCGGUUAACUUUCUCCAAAAAAAUUAUUCAAAUGAUUGUAAAAUUUCCUAUCUCCCGGCUGAGAUAAUCAUUUAUCCAAUUAAAAAUUCUGUAAAAAUGGAUGGCAAAUUUUCUUUUUAUUUUGAAACGGCGGAAGUAGCAGAGGCCAGAACCCACACCGACGGGAACCAAAAAUAUCUCGUGGCCGACUAUACCAAAUCUAAUUUUCAGGUCUGGGACAAUUCCCUAAUUCGUUUACUUAUCCCCGAUGAUGAUUCGCCGUUGGCUAAUCAUGUUAAAAAUAACCCGGAUGCUAAUGAUGUUUUUGUCGUCUCUCUUUCGAACUUAAAGUAUCAACCGGAUUUUCGAAAGAUAGGCAGCCUAAAUUUUAAUGGUUUAAUAGUAAAAGAUACUAGUCAAGUAAAAAAAAUAGUCGGAACUGAACGACCGCAGGCAGAAAUUACUUUUCAAGUCAUUAGUCAACAGAAAAAAACCCAAGGGGCCAACCCUGACCCAAAAAAUUAUAACCACGAACUAGUAGUUAAGCCUUUUUCUCUUGGCAUAGAGGGGAUACCAGAAAUUUCCCGAAUUAUUUUUAUUUUUUCUUCUCUUGCCCCAGGACAAAAAGAAGUUGAGAAAGGAAUAAUAAAGACCGAAUUAUAUAACAGUAAAUUAUUAGCCGAAAGUGCUGAUAAAACUUUUAAAGCCAGCAAUAAUGCCCUUUGUUUUCAAAAUGUAAAUGAUUUAGAUAUAAGUAGUCUCCGAGAAAAAACCAGUUCGGACAACCAACCGCCAAGGCCUAUCCAGAAUGAUAAUCCUCCAUCUCCUAACCCACCAAAAAAUAGUGACAAUUCUCCUCCUUCUGGUGGAAAUAAGAAGUUAAUGACUGCCGGAAUAACAAUUUUGGCCGUUUUGGCAUUAGCCUUAAUUUUUGAUUUACUUUAUAGCCGCUACUAUGGAGUAAUUAUUUACGUGCGGAUUUUUACUGGGGAAUUAACCAAAGGACAGAAAAUUAAAUUUCACACCAAUCCCCAAAAAGUUUAUCAAGUGGAAAGGGUGGGAGUAAAAACUCCCAAGGAGAUUUUGAAAGAUAAAUUGAUAGAUGGAGAAAUUGGCUGA